GGCAGUCCUGGGAACACGCCCGCCCUCCCUCCUCUCCAGGAUAAAAGGAACCAGAGAACACCAGGAUAAAAACAAAAACAAAACAAAAAGCCAAAUUACCACAAACGCCCGCCCCGGGCUCCCCUUGAGUUCGGUGCCCCGCGGGCGUGCACUUUGUCGCCUGGAGUGGAGCGGGGCAGAGCUGGCAGGACAGGACAGGUCCUAGGAGCUAGGAUUUGCAGCACACACCUAGUAGCUCCCUCCCAAGGCUGACCGCCCUGUUCUCCCUCAGAAUCUCAGCAGAAACUUUUCCCUCUGUUCCCCGCGCCACCGCGAGGUGAUUAGCCGAUCGCUGGUGGGGAGGACGCCGGUCCUUUGCCCAGGAGACGCCCUUCGAGACCCUUGAAGCCCUGCCCUCGGGGACUUCGGUCCAGCAUGGGAUCAGGUGGAAGGUUCCUACAGAACAGCCUGGCUUUCCUGGGCCGUCGGUGCUUCCUGGAGUUCCAUGGAAAAUGGGAGGCCUCCCGACCCUGCAGACUGGGCUGUGAUGGACGUCGUCAAUUAUUUCAGAACAGCAGGAUUUGAGGAGCAAGCCGGUGCAUUUCAGGAACAGGAAAUUGAUGGAAAAUCCCUGCUCUUGAUGACGAGAAAUGACGUGUUGACAGGACUUCAGUUAAAACUGGGGCCUGCUCUGAAAAUCUAUGAGUAUCAUGUAAAACCUCUUCAGACCAAGCAUUUAAAGAACAACUCUUCAUAGUAAAUCAAAGUGAGGUCUCAGUCCUCAGAACAAAAUACACAAGUGUUGUAAUUUAGUUUCAUGUUGUGAAACUCUGCAAACAGAAUACAUAGAUGUGUGUGUGUAAAGAAGUCCAACCCAACAAAAUGUUAUCCUAUUGGAUAGACUAGGCAAUCCAUCAGCUGGCCUGACUCAGCCUGGAGGAGCAAACACAGAGCAGACAUGAUUGUCCUUGUUAAACCAAGUUGUCACCCAGUCUUAAGUACCCCUCCCCCCAGGAGCUUUGAUAUUACAAGAACCAUAGAGUUGUUUCCAUCAAGUUCUUAAAAAAAAAGGAUGGAAGUGGAAUGUGUGUCCUUGGGCUAUAGAAAUGAGAAUAAACUAAGCUUCCUGGAGAGGGGAGGAAGGGAGGAGGCGGGGCACGAAGGGAGGAGGACUGCUGUCUCCUGGAGUCUCUCUGCUCCUAGGCAUCCUAGAUAUACAUAUGUUCCUUGGACGGAACUGCCAACACCCUUUCUUUGUAGAGGGUUCUCCAUUUGACCUUGUUAAGGUUUCCCAGGGAUUGUGCUGUGCUGUGUUUGAAUUGAACACAUACCAGGCCCCCUUCAGGAGCAGAACUCUCUCUGAGAAGAGAAACUUGUUUUGCACUGGAGAGAUCUAUUGUGAUCAACUCACUGUCACUGUCACGGGGGUAAGAAUAUUUCCUGCUUACGUCAGUUCCUUAUUGCUGAAGAAAGCAGUUAGAGGUUUUUGUUUUUGUUGUUGUUGUUAUUUUGCUUUUUUUUUUACUUUAUGGUUUAUAUUUAUAAUAAUUUCUUUUUGAAGCAUUUUGCCAAGAGUUAAUAGAUGAUCCCAAAGCUUUGUUGAUAGCACAGAAUAUUUUUAUAUUAUAUAUAUAUAGCCCUCCAUGAUGCUGUAAUCGUUUUUGGCUGUCCUCUGCAGUGUUUGGUCCCUGGUUUGAGUACCUAUCUUUCAGAACUUGAAAAAGUAGGCUUGCUACAUCUCUGUUCCAAGAGACACUUACUGAGUGAUGUGUGUCCAUGCCUCAUGGAGUUGGUGCUUUGUGAUUGCAAUAAAACACCAUUUCAGUUCA